GUGGUCGGCGAUGAGGCCGCACGUUGGGUGGAAAUGGCAUCUACAGACGAGGCCCCGGAGACUGAGAAAGGGCUGUCAGCCCUUGCACAGGUCUCCCACGACCUCGUGGCCACCUGCGCUCUGCAGCAGGAGGAAAUCCUCCACCUGCAGCAGACAGUGGACCAGAUGCUCGCACGRCUGCAGGCGUUGGAAAAACAGCCAGCAGCUGUAGCAGCCGCAGGGCCUGCAAACCUUGCGACCCGUGUUAAAGUCUUGGAGGACGACGUCGGCAAUAUCAAGCGUGUGCAUCAGGACUUCAGGACGUCGCAGCAAGCAACGAACUUGCAGUUGGAGACGCAGGUCCAGGCGGCUGCCACCGUGACGCCCGCCGCGGCAUCCUCCAGGCGCCCACCCAAGCUMGAUGACAUUCCAGUCUUCUGCGAUCUGUCCAAGACGGAACCGAUCCCGUGGUGGCGCCAGUUUACUCUCCGGCUCGACAUGCACCAUGUCCCGAACAACGAUCGACAUCCGUGCUUGUACCACCGAUCUGGUGGUGCGUGUCAAGCAUGGCUGGACAACAUCUUGACCAGCCACGGCGUAGCAGUGUCGGAACUACACACCAAGCUCACUUGGCAGGAGUUGACWGACGCCUGRCACAAGCGAUUCCAAGUGGAGCCRCSCGMCCURCAAGCGAUGGACAAGCUCAACAAGCUCCAUCAAAACACGCUGGUCAGUCAGGACUGGAUCACCGAGUUUCAAAGACUCGCCUCUACACCUAACCUCCCGCUCGCAUUCCGCGCCAUCAAGCACUUGUUUAUCAUGCGCUCGUGUCCGGCGCUGCAAAACGCGCUUACGCAGAUUGCAGAGACACUCGACACAUCCGACAAGCUGUUUAGCACAUCGUCACGGAUCAUUCUGAGAAAUAUCGACGCAACAACCACGGCCGCGACAAGACGAAGACUCAAUCCACCUCGACACCGAGCACUGGAUCAGCCGCCGACGAACCUUGGGUACAAUACGGACUCUCGGCGAACUCUUAUCGCACGCGCCUCAAGUACCGGUAUUGCCUUUGGUGCAACAACACCAUCCACGAUGCUGCACAUUGCCCCACCAAGGGGAAACCCCGUCAGGGAAAGUAGGCGCCGCCGAGGGAAACUUGACACCUCCCUCGACGCCAUCGGAAGCAGUUGUGGCCACGACCGCCCUUUCUUCCGAGGCAUAUGCGGAUGUCGGGAGUCUUCAACUUUCGCACCGGAGUUAGCCGAGGUCCUAUACACCGGUUGGAUCCGCUCCAAGGGCUACCCCAAGGAGAUCGUUUGCGACCGGGACACUCGCUUUCUCUCCGACUUUUGGAUCGCCCUCGUCAAACGAUGGGGCUCAUCGUUGAAGCCGAGUUCGGCUCGCCACCCGCAAACCGACGGUCAGACGGAAAGGGCGCAUCAGACCGCUCAAGUCCUCCUACGCACUCUCAUCCGUCCUGACCAGGUUGAUUGGGUCGAGCGCUUGCCAGACGUGGAGUUGGCUUACAACUCAUCGAUCCAUCCGGCUAUUGGGAUGUCGCCAUUCGAGUUUGAGCAUGGUUCACCCAUCUCAUCGCCGCUGGACGCCAUUUUGCCACGCACAGCCGAGAGCGACGACCAUCUUACGAUCCUUCGUCGCAUGCAAGAGCUCCUUGUCAAGGCACGGGAUCAGAUGUCAAAGACGCAAAUACGGAUGAGCCGCCAAGCCAACCGCAAUCGUCUUCCUUGCCCRUUCCGCRCCGGCGAUCUGGUUUGGGUCUCCGCCGCGGARUUYAGCCUUGAACAAGACAUCUCUCGCAAGCUCCUUCCCAAAUGGAUGGGGCCUUGGCGCAUUCUCUCUGCAGUUGGUGAUGAUCCUGAGGGGCCUUCAUUCCGCAUYGCGGUGCCACCUCACUUGCCCGUCCACACGGUGUUCCACUGUUCCAAACUCGCUCCUUUUGUUUCGGCAAAAUCCGACGAGUUCCCCGGUCGACGUACGCAAGACCCUCCUUCCAUGGACGGAUUUCAGGAGACCGGCUACAUCAUCACCGACCGGCGCCAUGGCAACAAGGAAACGGAGUUUCUACUUCACUUUUCCUACUGCAGCCACAAGGCUGACCGYUGGCUGACGCGUUCGGAACUGCAGGCCACCACCCCUGCAGUUCUCUCACGUUAUUUAAGCAAGGAGAAGACUACGCCGGGCACUUCAGCUCCCCGGCCUCCUCGCUACGUUCCGCCAUCAGAUCGGCAGCUUCGCUCGCGCCCCGGCUCAUCUUCAUAAGGAGGGGGCCUUGUUACAUGCUGAGAGCCUCCACACGGGCCCCUCACGGGACCCGAGGUUGGAUAAGGGCCCCCAGGUCGCAUCACCGCAAC